AUCGCGAUGCGAUACAACCCUGUCUCGUAGAUUUUAUUUCGACGCGACGCGAGUGGAGAAAAACAAUUGAGUUUUUUUUGCUAAUUCGUGAUAAAUCGCAUCCAUUUAUCCGGUCAAUUGCUUCGCGAGGAGACCUGGCGAAACGGGCGCCACCAGAUGUGCAACUCGUGAACGAUGGCGCUGAACAAGAGGAACAGCACCCACUCGGACGCAAUUUCGGGCGCCGAGGUGGUGGACUACAAGUUUUCGUGUCGCUGCUGCCUGAAGACGGACGUGGAGUACCUCAAGCUGGACUCGGUGGCGGUGGCCCGCAGCCUGGAUCCGGCGGACGCCGGGGACAAGAUUCCGCUCCUCCGCUGCCUGCUCUUCUGCGUGAGCGCCGAGAACGCCCCCGAGCUGCCGCAGUACAUCUGCAUCGAGUGCAGCAAGAGCCUGCAAGUGGCCUACUACUUCCUCAAGAAUGCACUGCGUGCCCACGAGAUCCUGUGCCGCAAACUGUGUCCCAAGCGGUCGGCGAGGAGACUUAAUGGCUCCUUGGUCCAGGAGCCGCCAAAGCAGGAGCGAGAUGAGGACCCGCAGCGGACGAAGCCCCUGAAACCCAUGCGGCACGAGUGCCAGGUCUGCGGAGUGGUGGUCUACAAUCGCCUGGAGCUCAAGCAGCACAUACGACAACAUGCAGAGGGCCUUUCGUACAACUGCAAGUUCUGCAACUUCACCACGCUGAAACAGCGCAUCUUGCUGGAGCACUACGUAGCCGUUCAUGACCUGUCCACUGGCCAGGCGGAGGAGCACCUCAAGUCGAAGGACCUGCCAGCGCACGAGGAAGAGGAAACCAAGGCGGUGUGCACGCUGGAGGACAUGGAGCUGCUAAUACCCACUGUUCUGACGCCCGAGGACUACGCGCAGCCCCAGCCGCACAUUGAUUCCGACCAGCUGCGCGACAUCGAGCGGCAGCUGGCCGUCAGCAUGGGCGAGACGGCGCCGGCGGUGGACACUCUCACCUCCACCCUGCCGCCCAUGGACACGCCCAACGUGAGCAUCGGCACCGAGUAUCUCGUCAUGCCCGAUGGCUCGCUGCAGCAGGUCAACGGAAGCGGCGUGGUCAUAGAGUAUAUCGAUGAUAGCAAGCCGAACAAUCCCUCCAAUGUCAACAUCGGCCUACACAAUCUCCUGGCCGCCAAUGAGCAAGGCGAACCGAUGGAUAUCGAUGUCAGCGAGCUGAUUGUGGAGGAAACGAUGCCGCAGAUAAGGGUCAAGCCGAAGCCAACAGCUGGCGGAUCGCCCAAUUACAAGCACAAGUGCAAAGUGUGUCCCAAGACAUUUGCCACUGUGGCGCGGCUCAAAUCUCACCAGUUGACCCACAGCAAUUUGCCCAAGUUCUUCUGCGACCAGUGCGACUUUUACUCGCUGCGCAGCGCCGAUCUCAUCCAGCACUACAAGAUGGUCCAUCGGUCCGAUGAGAACGGCAGGAGCGACAAGGAGCCAGCGCAGGCGGAGGAGUCGCGCGUCUUCUCGUGCGACAUGUGCCUCUUCGAGACGCGCACCGCCAGUCAGUUGCGGACGCACUACACGGAGGGCCACACGAUCCAGCCCACGGAGGUGCAGUUGCGUCCAAGUUGGACUGCCGAGGAGGGGGCGAGCUUUCCCCAAAAACCAGCAUCGAUUGGCGUUUCUCCUAGGAAACUGACGCCCGCCAAGAAAUCAAAUCACACCGACAUCCCAGUGGGCAUUAAAUAUCCGCCAGUUGUUGUGGAAGCACAGGUACCAGUGCACCAGCCAGCGCCAAUGGCCACCACAUCGACGACCAUCACGGAAACAGGCGACAUCAACGUGGUGGUGGAUGCUACCCCGCUGUUCUAUGCAGCAACCUCCACGGUGGCAACGAAUCCAGUCCCAGUGACAACGGCGGUGGAACCAUCAACCGGGGAGGCCGACAGCAAUGCAUUCGGAAUCUUUCCCGAAAUCCCAGAGAGCAAUCUGCCCGUGAACGAGGCCGUUCCGCAAGUGGCAGCCAACACUUCCAACAUUUCGAUAUUUGGCGACAUGCAGGAUUUCAUCGACAACACAGACGUGGCCGCCAUUUGCACCAUACCCGCGGAUGAUAUGCCCGUGGUGGAUGGUGAUGACAUUGUGAUCGAUAAUAACAACAUCAGUCUGGACUUUGACGCCGAGAAUUUGUUUGAGGACUUCGAGGAGGAGGAGGAUGCGGUGGGCGAGGAGGAGGAGGAGGAAGAGGACGAGGCGGACAACGAUGACGAGAAUGACAACAAUGAUGCUGCCACGGACCAGAAUCUGCUUCUAACCAGCGACGACGACGAUGUGGACGACUUUGAUGACGAGCAAUCGAAGCAUCUGCAGAAGCCCUACUGCAUUUACUGCAACAAGAAGUUCACCAGCCAGUAUAAAUUCGAGAACCACAUGUUUGUCCAUCGGGGCCUGGCCCCCUAUCGCUGUGAGCUGUGCACCAACCUAUACAACAUGAAGCGAUUGCUGAUCAGGCACUAUAAAACUGUGCACAAGCGAAUGCCCACGAGGGACAUGGUCCAGGCCAAGGGCGAUAAGGUUUCCGUGGCCCGCACCAACAUCGAGAAAAUCUAUCUUGGCAAAGUGAAGAAACCAAUGCUCAUGUGCGCUAAAUGUCCGUUCGAGUGCGACUCAGAUGCGGAUAUGCGGAAACAUCUGAACGCCCACCACGGCAUUAAUGACGGAGUGUCUGUCCACGCCAAUGAAGUGUUUAUUAUACGCAAAUUACCCUUCGAAUGCCCGCGCUGCAUUCGAUCUUUUGCGGCCAAAAGCACCCUCAGUCGCCACCUGCAGCGCAGCCACUUGGUGGACACGAUUAUAGAGAUGCAAACGCCGCAGUCGGCGGAAAGCACCACAGUAACCCUGGGCACAUCAUCGUCAACAGGCCCCGGGCCAGAGAACCCAGUCUUGGAGGCAAACAAACAUAAUGAGAUGAUGCAGACGGACGGUGGGGCUGAGAGGAUGACAACGGCGGCUUCAGGCAAUGGCGGUGGCAAUGAAGCAGCAGGCAAAGAUGAUGGAUCAGGAAAGAGUGGAAAAAUGGAUGCGGCAGUGCCAGAGGAAGAACUUGAUCCAGUGACACUGGACGCAGCCACAGCGGUGACUACAACAGCAAUAGCGGCAGCAAUAACGGCGGCAGCAGCAGCGGCUACAGCAGCUACAUCGUCCGAAUCGCCCAUCACAACCACAGCCUCGUCGACAAACUCCACCCUCUUCCCCACACCCACACCGUUUGAUUACGAAUAUGACUUUAUGGGCGAUGCAGCCCAGCGAUCCACGCCCAAUCCCCACGCCAUUCCCAAAGCCCCCAGCACGGAUGCCCCACCCAGCAGUUUGCUCAACGGCAGCGACAAGCUGCUGACCACCGCCGCCCUGGCUGCGUCGCCAGUGAAGGGUCUGCGCUCCAACUCCCGGCUGCUUCGCACUUCCACCUACAUGUGCAAGCUGUGCAACAAGACCUUCGACGAGCUGGGCAAGCUGGUCAAACACGAAAUGGACCAGCACUCCAAUACUGAGCCUUCGCGGUGGGGCUACCAGCACAAGUGUGCCAUCUGCAAUACAACGUACCGAACGCUCACGCUGCUAAAGUUCCACAUGAAGCGGCACGGCGGCCGGAAAUCACAGUGCAAGCUGUGCCCCAAAACCUUUGUGACCACCACCGAGCUGGAGCGGCACACGAAGUCCAAGCACGGCAAGGAGAAGACGCUGCGAUGCACGCUGGAUGGCUGCCGCAAGACGUUCGCCUUCAAGCAUCAUUUGGUGAGACAUCAGAACGCCACGCACUUGAACACGCGGCACAUAUGCCCCGUUUGCAAGGAGGAGAUGCAGUCCAGCCUGCAUCUCAGGAACCAUAUGAGCGUGCAUAAGGGCCCGCUGACCUACAAGUGUCCCAAGUGCGACCGCUCCUAUUUGCGGCGUGGAAGACUCCAGAGCCAUGCUCUCUUGAUCCACAAGAUCCGGCUGACCACAGAGGACUUAGCUGACAUCUCUUCACAGUCUGGGGGGCUUACCAAUCCGCAUGAUCUGAAGGAAUCAUAUUGCAAUAAGGAUGUCGAUGGCGAAAUGGAAAUAAAGGACGAGCCGGCAGCUGCAGCCGAUAAUUCCAAAUAG